AUGAUGAACAAGUUGAAAUCCGGGCUCAAGAAGGUCCAGGUCCCCCAGGAUCCUGGACUGUCAACGGCACAGCUGAUGUUAACGAACGAUGACCUUCGACCGGUUGACCCUGAGCGUCGCCAAUGGGGCUGGCUCAAUUUCGUCGCAUUUUGGAUUGCAGACUCCUUGAAUGUCAACACUUGGAUGAUUUCCUCGUCCAUGAUUGUGGAUGGCCUUUCCUGGUGGCAAGCCUGGCUAUGCGUGUGGAUUGGCUAUACCAUUUCGGCCAUCUUUGUGUAUCUCAUAGGUCGCAUUGCCACAAUAUAUCGCAUUCCAUUCGCGGUAACCAACCGCGCUUCGUUUGGAAUCUGGGGCUCGUUCUGGCCGAUCAUCAACCGUGCAGCAAUGGCUGUCAUUUGGUACGGAGUACAGACUUACCUCGGAGGUGAAUGUAUCACUUUGAUGAUUGCUGCAAUAUGGCCGAGCUAUAACGACUUGCCGAACACGAUUCCCGCUUCCUCGGGCGUCACGACGAAGCAAUUCGUCAGUUUCUUGCUGUUCUGGUUGCUCUCCUUGCCAGCCCUGUGGUUUCCCAUCUACAAGAUUCGCCAUCUCUUCACGGUCAAGGCAUACUUUUCUCCCGCUUGUGCCAUUGCUUUCUUUGGAUGGGCGAUUGCUCGAGCCCAUGGCCUCGGUCCGAUUAUAACCCAGCCGAAUACCGCGCAAGGCAGUGACCUGGCAUGGGCGUUUGUGAAAAGCAUCAUGAAUUGCAUUGCCAACUUCGCCGCCCUGGUCAUCAACAACCCGGAUUUCGCCAGGUACGCCCGUCAUCCCAAAGAUGCUUUGUGGCCGCAGUUGAUCACCAUUCCCGUUGGCUUCGCGGUCACAUCGUUCAUCGGAAUUAUUGUCUCCUCCUCGUCGAGCGUUAUAUUUGGCGAGGCCGUUUGGAAUCCCCUCACACUUUUGGGUAUGUUUCUCAAAGGAGCCAGCUCCGCUGAACGAUUCGGUAUCUUCGUCAUUGGAGCGGGCUUUGCUCUGGCGCAGCUGGGAACCAACAUCGCCGCUAACUCGGUGUCCGCUGGUACCAACCUCACGGCUCUUCUCCCUCGCUUCUGCACGAUCCGACGGGGCGGAUAUUUGUGUGCAGCAAUCGGUCUUGCUAUGUGUCCUUGGACUUUGGUUGAAUCAUCCAGCAAAUUCACCCUCUACCUAUCGGCCUAUUCCGUGUUCCUGGCUUCCAUUGCAGGCGUGAUGGCCAGCGAUUAUUAUCUCGUCCGAAGAGGCUACUUGGACAUACAAUCGCUGUAUAGCGCUGAGAAGGGCAGUAUGUACUAUGGCACAUUUGGAGUGUCCUGGCAUGGAUAUGCAGCUUACCUUUGUGGAAUCCUGAUCAACAUUGUUGGCUUUGCUGGUGCCGUGGGCGUCGAUGUUCCCGUUGGAGCAAAGUACAUAUACCAGGUCAACUACUUCUCCGGCUUCCUUGUUGCCGGCGGAAUCUAUUGGUUAUUGGCCUAUUUGGUUCCGAUCCCCGGAACGAGUGAGACCUGGAAUGAGAUUCCAUACGAGCCACACCACAUGUCGGAUGAAGAGGAGAAGAAGAUUGAAGAUGCGUGA